UAUAUAUCUCAAGCAACCUUCCUUUCCUUUGCAUGCCAGAGUAAUCUCUCUCUGUCUCUCUCCAGUCUCAACCUCCUUGAAAAGCACUCCGCUCCUGCACUUUUUCCUGUUUCUGCUUCACAAUCCCCACCCACAAACAGUUCUCUGGAAGAAAAAUCUGACCCAAAAAGCACUGCACAAAACCAUCUUUGGCAAUAUCAGAAUCUCAUAAUAAGAAGACAAGACAAGACAAAACAAAACAAAACCAGCACAAAAAUCUCUCCUUUUUGAACGACAAUGGUCGACGUUGACCGGAGAAUUACCGGUCUGAAUCCUGCCCAUGUUGCCGGUCUCCGCCGACUCUCUGCUCGUGCCGCGGCCUCUUCUGCCACUGCGUCCCUCCCUCUCCGCAACGGUCUCCUUUCGUUCUCUUCCCUGGCCGAUAAGGUCAUAACCCAUCUUCGGAAUUCCGGAAUUCGGGUGCAACCUGGCCUCUCGGACGCCGAGUUUGCACGCGCAGAAGCGCAGUUCGGUUUCGCAUUCCCUCCCGACCUCCGUGCCGUACUCUCUGCUGGAUUGCCCGUCGGCCCAGGAUUUCCUGACUGGAGAGCCUCUGGCGCUCGGCUCCAUCUCCGCGCCUCGCUCGACCUCCCCAUCGCAGCGAUUUCCUUCCAGAUCGCUAGAAACACUCUGUGGUCCAAGUCUUGGGGCCCCAGACCCGCCGACCCAGAAAAGGCUUUACGUGUUGCCCGGAAUGCUCUAAAGAGAGCGCCCCUUUUGAUUCCCAUUUUUAACCAUUGCUACAUUCCUUGCAACCCGUGUUUAGCCGGAAAUCCGACUUUCUUCGUCGACGAGAACCGGAUCUUCUGCUGUGGUUUGGAUCUCUCAGAUUUCUUUGAGCGGGAAUCUCUCUUUCGGAGCUCCGAGUCCGAUCCUCAGGUUCUCAAAAGACAAAGAUCCGUGAGCGAGAAAUCGGCCGGGUCGUCCUCGAAUUUCUCGCGAAGGAGCCUGGACACGGGCCUCGCAUCAGCCGGAGCGAGAACACCACGAUGGGUAGAGUUCUGGAGCGACGCAGCUGUCGAUCGUCGCCGGAGGAACUCAUCUUCGUCGUCUUCCUCAUCACCGGAACGGUUCUUUGAGAUGCCCAGGUCCGAAAUCCCGAAAUGGGUCGAGGAAUACAUCGAACAAAUAGGAUCCGUUUUGAGAGCGGGCGGGUGGAGCGAAUCGGAUAUAUCCGAAAUCGCACAAGUAUCAGCCUCUGGAUUCUUCGAAGGAGGAGAGAUGAUUUUAUUAGAUAAUCAAGCGAUUCUGGAUGCUCUACUCCUGAAAGCGGACCGAUUCUCUGAUUUGCUCCGGAAAUCCGGGUGGAGCUCCGAGGAGGUGUCCGAUGCGUUGGGUUUCGAUUAUCGACCGGAGAAGGAGAAGAAACCGGUAAAGAAGCUGUCCCCAGAGCUCGUGGAAAGAAUAGGGAAACUGGCUGAAUCGGUAUCCCGGUCAUGAGAUGAGUCAAUCCGGUUCUUUUCCUCUUUUAUCUUUUUUCGUUUUUGGGGGUUUUAUUUUCUUUUUUCAAAAAAAUUAAAGCCUCGGGAUUUGAUUUUUCAUCGUUGGGAGAAAAAAAGAAAAAAAAACGAGGAAACGCGUUGUUGUACUAUGAGACAUAGCGUGUAAAAGAUCAAAGUGUUGUUUAUUGUUAUUUUUAUAGCAAUU